CUUCAUCCUAUGAAACGUAAAUUUGCGUGCUCUUCAUCUUCACAGGAGGGAAACAAGCUUCGGUAUCAUCCGCCCAUCUAGCUCUAUACUGGACAGCGACCGCACACACCUGUUAGCGGAAAGAAUGGACUAGGAUAAACUAACCGACAGUACAGCACAAUGUGUCUAAGUUAACUGUUAACUGGGUGGGGACACGGCACUGGCACAGCGUUUGUAAAGUAAAUAUAGUAACGUUACUAUCAUACGCAACAGCUAACUAACGUUAGCUAGCUAGCUAGUAGAUGAAGUUAGCUAACGUGAAGUGAUGCCAGUAACGUUAGUGUCGCAGGUUUUGAAAAUAUUGUUCGCCUUUAUGUUGUAACGUAACUUAAGUUAAUCUAGCUAACGUUAGUGUAAGGUUAGCUAACGAUAGCGUUAAUAGUGCGUCAGUCUCUUUUUUUAAAUAAUUUACUCAUUGUGAGUCAGAGAGGUUAUUUAGCUUGGUUACAUAGAGUUGGAGGGCUAUCCCGUGUAACAAGUCGAACCUAAAAACCUUAAAUUAGGUCAUAUUUACUUAGGUUAACUUUCAAUUUAAUAACUAACGGGAAACGCCCGUAGUUAGUCCAGAUAGCAUUUACGAGAUAAAUAACGUCACAUAUGUUUAACUAAACGUUUGUUCAGGAAGUCAAACUGUAUGCUGGUCAAGAAUAACAUCAUUAGCAGUUAUUUUCCGGUCAGAAAGCUCUAGCUACGUAGAGACGGUUAACAUUAGUAAAUUAGCAUUUGUAGCCCUGAGAAAAGUGUCACAGUUAGGGUGUCCACAAGUGAGCAUGGCUCCCAAAAAGAGACCAGUGCCAGGCCCCUUAAACAUUGCUCCUGCUGGCGAUGGACUGUCGACCUCCAUCAACACUGAUGUUACAUCUGAGGCCAAUUUAGAGGCACUUAAAAGAAUACUGGAAGAGUUGGACCUGGAUGAACAACAGAAGAAAAGGCUGGAAGCUUUCCUUAGCCAGAAGGCCAAGGUGGGCGAGUUGAGAGAUGACGACUUUCAUCGGGUCUGUGAGCUGGGUGCGGGCAAUGGAGGAGUUGUCACUAAGGAAUGCCACAAAUCUUCAGGAAUAAUCAUGGCCAGAAAGCUCAUUCAUCUUGAAAUCAAAGCUGCUAUCAGAAACCAGAUCAUCCGUGAACUCCAGGUGCUCCAUGAGUGUAACUCUCCCUACAUUGUGGGCUUCUAUGGAGCAUUUUACAGCGAUGGAGAGAUCAGCAUCUGCAUGGAACACAUGGAUGGUGGAUCUCUGGACCAGGUGCUGAAGGAAGCAAAGAGAAUCCCGGAAGAGAUUCUGGGCAAAGUCAGCAUUGCUGUUUUGAGAGGCCUUGCGUACCUAAGAGAAAAACACCAAAUCAUGCAUAGAGAUGUGAAGCCUUCAAACAUACUAGUGAACUCUCGUGGGGAGAUCAAGCUGUGUGACUUCGGUGUAAGCGGGCAGCUCAUAGACUCUAUGGCCAAUUCCUUUGUUGGGACACGAUCCUAUAUGUCGCCAGAGAGACUGCAGGGGACCCACUAUUCUGUGCAGUCAGAUGUGUGGAGCAUGGGGCUGUCCCUUGUGGAGCUGUCAAUCGGACGCUUCCCCAUCCCUCCUCCAGAUGCUAAAGAACUGGAGGCCAUAUUUGGACGUCCCAUCUUAGGUGGUGGUGAAGGAGAGAUGCUCAGCACUUCACCCCGACCUAGACCACCGGGUAGACCUGUCAGCAGUCAUGGUCCUGCAAUGGCCAUCUUUGAACUCCUAGACUACAUAGUGAAUGAGCCCCCUCCUAAACUACCACAUGGUGUCUUCACCUCUGACUUCCAGGACUUUGUGACUAAGUGUCUCAUCAAAAAUCCGGCAGACAGGGCUGACUUGAAAAUGUUGAUGAACCAUAUGUUUAUCAAGAGGUCGGAGGUGGAGGAGGUAGACUUCGCUGGCUGGCUUUGUAAAACCAUGGGACUGAACCAGCCUAGCACUCCCACGUGCACUGCAGACUAAACACACUCCCGCACACAGCGAACCUCUGAAGUCUCCAUCCAUGAAACGAACUCCACGGACAUUUAAGCCAAGAAAGAUUCUGUAUCUACAGCACGAGUGUGUCAAUUAUCACAAUUGUUGCCACAUUCAUGAUCCAACUCUUUGUUUGUUCAUUGACCGUCCGACCGGGGGGGGGGGGGUGAGUGCGGCGUACCUGCUGCCCUCUCAGCUGGACCAGCUCGCUCGUCUGUCCUCGUCACUCUGUUCAUUUGGUGUACAUUGAAAACACGUCACCAAACUCAACAUACAAGGAGAGAGGGGGAUCUGUCAACGAAUUCAGGAAAAGCUGAACUGUCCACGUCUGUCUUCCUCGGCAUCGCCCCCGACCGAUUGACUAGCUCUGUUUCAUUUCAGCCAGCAGGCCGCACCCAGUCACUCAAUGAACAAAGAGUUGAAUUAUGAACGUGACGAUGUGUACAGGCAGACACAUAUAUGAUUUCCCCCCCCCCCAUGUGUUAUGCAAAAACAUUUAGAGAUGUAAGAAUAUGUUUAUAUUACUAAACGGGUUGGGUUAUGUGUGUCUGUGUUAGCAAGAGAUGAUUGAAUCUAGGAUGUUUUUUUGCAUUUAGUGAUGUGAUGGAUUUCUACAAAUUUUGAGGUGAUGCACCAUGUUUAAAAGAUUUUAGCAUGACUCAUGUCAAAGCCACAAAAAAAAAAAAAGUUUCAACCUCAAAUGCACCUUGUGCUUCUUUGUAUGUUGGGGGUUGUGAUAUUACAGCAGCAACCUCAGCUUGUUGUGGUACCAUUAGCUUCAGAUUGGCUACACUGGGGCGGAGGCUGCCUUUGAAAGUACUAGUGAUUCAUCCCUGGAUGGUACCUGCUGUAACAAGACUGCUUUCAUCUCUUGAACAAGCUGCAUCGUGACUCGCUGGGCAGUCUUAGCAGAAACCAAUGGUUGUUUCUUUGUAUUCGGUGUGAUGUAAACAACAGGACAUGGAUUUGCCAUUGAAGUGCAUCCUGUGUUGCGGCAGGAUUAGGGCAUUCCGCUCCUUUGUUUUGUUCCAUUUGUGUACUUCCCCCUUUAAGUCACGGUUAAACAAUAUAAAUGUUUUUUAUGGUAAAAUCAUCAAAAGCUUUCUUUAUAAAGUCAGAAUUGUCAAUAAAUGGUAUCUAUUGUAA